AUGAGACACCCAAGCCCGACUCCAUCAAUAGCCAUUGAGUCCGCACACGCCAAGCGCCAUGCUGUCCGGCUACGAGGCAAGCGACACAUGGAUAAAAGCAACAAAGGGAUUAAUACAAGAAGAAAAAACAUUGGUCGAGAUGGAAUACCAACAGAGAGAAGGCACACUCCUCGGAAGGGCAUUGUGACUGAAUCACAUUUGCGCGAGGAGAAAGCAAUACCGUUGCCUAAACCCCCGGAUAUCGACAGCUUGAAAUACAUCGCCAAUUCAGACUGGCUUUUCUGCAAGGGUUUCGACUAUAGCGCUCCCAGCUUUCUUUGCUUUUCGCCAGAACAGUUAACGUUUAUGGCCCAUGGUCUCCGUAUCAUCAGUCAUGCCCAAACGGGGGCAGUCCUCGUGAACAUCUGUAGCGACACCACGAGGUUCGUUAUCAUCGACUUAGCCGUCCGGAACUCGUUCAAUUAUCCGUACCUGAUUGAUCAGCUGUUGGCAACAUCCGCCGAUCAUCUAGCCAUCUUGAAUCCAGACCAGGCUCUCGAUUACCAACGCUUAGCCCUGGAGUUCCAAACUCGCGCUUUGACUACCCUUAACCGCGAGGCGCAAGGGAUGACGCAAGAGUUAGCCAAGAAGGAUCUGAUUCCCCGAAUCCUCCAUUCUUUCCUCUUGAGCCUCCAUGUUCUUUACCUCACGUUUACGAGGGACCGCGAUACCUACGACUUGUUCAUUCAGAAGUUUGUUAAGGCCGUCCAUCUGUCCCGAGGACUUAGAAGUCUCGCUGGCCUGAACUACAGCCUUGCUGUUGAUUCUCCCCUCGGUCCUCUUUUGGCUAUGGUCCAUGACGCUGGCGUCUCUGAACCCACCGGGACAGAGUGCACAAGGCUUGUCGAGUUCAUUGACUCCUCCGACGCUGGCUCCACGACAACUUCCAGCUGCAGAGAUGCCGCUCGGAAGCUCCAGUGGGCAUUUGACAUGCACGCUACCUUGACGGGGGAGCAGCGUGCCCUAACAGCAGUGAUGUACCCGGCUCUGCUGACCGAGGAAUACAUAGCUGCUCUACAGAAGUGCCGCCUAGAAGCCCUCGUGACCCUGGCACAUUAUGGCAUCCUACUUCACCUGUGUCGUCACGUUUGGGUCUUUGGUGAUGCUGGGGAGUUUCUGAUUGGACUUAUUGCUCGGCGCCUAGGGCCUUCGUGGCAUGAGGCACUGAAAUGGCCUUUGGAGGUUGUGGCGUCGGAAGCAUGUCAAAGUUGA